ACUUGUUGCAUGUGAUGCGCAACCCACAAAGGAAGAAGCCCAGCGAUGAACCCUAGUGUCAGGGGUGGAGGCAAGGCUGGGAGCGGAACUGAGCACUGGUGCAGCCCAGCCUGCUGCUCGCACUGCCCUGCAGAGGCAGGAUGGAGGAUUUAGAUGCAUUGCUGGCAGAGCUGGAGCAGAGCUCCAAGCCGGCCCCAACGAGCUACAUGUUGCUGACACCCAGCAGCAGGCAGCAGGACGCACCUCCAGGCAAGCCCCCAGCUUCCAGCAACCAGAAACCACUUACAUCAGCAGCCCCAAAGGUGCCACUGCCACCUCGGUCUCAGCCUUCAGGCAAAAGUUUGGAAUCUGUGUACAGCAGCCCCAUGCCGACCCCACAAGCACUGCCUGCUUCACCAGAACCCACAGCGGCCGCCCGGCAGCUGGAUGAGCUCCUGGCUGACCUGGGCCAGAUGCAAAGCAAGCUGGCAGCGGUGGGGCAAGGAGCCGGAGCGCCGGCAGCCCCUGAACACUUGCUGGAUCACAUGCUGGGUGGCCUGACGCGGGACCUGCAGGAGCUGGGCAUCACCGCUGCUCCUGCCGCUGCCUGUGCCGCCUGCCACAAGCCCAUCGCCGGCAAGAUGUUCACGGCCCUAGGCGAAACCUGGCACCCCGAGCACUUCACCUGUGCCUGUUGUGGGCAGGAGCUGGGCGGGAGGCCCUUCUUUGAGCGUGGGGGGCAGGCGUACUGCGAGGAGGACUACCACCAGGCCUUCUCCCCACGCUGCGCCUACUGCGCUGGACCCAUCCGCGAGAAAGUCCUCACCGCCAUGGACCAGACCUGGCACCCCGAGCACUUCUUCUGCGCCCACUGCGGGAAGGUGUUUGGAGAUGAUGGGUUCCAUGAGCGUGGUGGGAAACCCUACUGCUUCCAGGACUUCGUGGUCCUCUUUGCCCCCAAGUGCCAGGGCUGUGAGCGGCCGCUGACGGAUAACUACCUGUCGGCCCUGCAGGGUGUCUGGCAUCCCGAGUGCUUCGUCUGUGCGGACUGCUUGAGCAGCUUCACCAACGGCUCCUUCUUCGAACUGGAGGGCCGGCCCUACUGCGAGCUGCACUUCCACCAGCGGCAGGGCAGCGUGUGCCACGGCUGUGGGCACCCCAUCACCGGCCGCUGCAUCACAGCCGCCGGGCGCAAGUACCACCCCGAGCACUUCAUCUGCGCCUACUGCCUGAGCCAGCUGCACAAAGGCACCUUCCGUGAGCACGGGGACAAGAUGUACUGCCAGGCCUGCCACGACAAGCUCUUCCUUUGAGCUCCAAGUUCUGUGCUUCUAGGAGCUGCUUUGCUUGGCUUCCCUGUCAUCAGCACCAAGAGCAUUGCCCCUGCGGAGCCAAAGAUCCCUAGGAUUGUACCCCUCUCAGCAUCCCCAGCGCUGCCCCAGCUGAAGCAAACACUGCUUCUUGUCCCACCCCUCCACAACCACAGCAUUGUUCCUUUCGUACGCGACAGUCCUGCCCUUACACCCACAAAACCCCAGCUUUCACUUGAGCAGGCUUCCCUCAGCCACUUCUCUUACACUGUCGUUGCCAGUUUAAAAAAAUUGCUUAAGAAGAAAUUUCUAUUUCUCAAGUUGUGCAAAUAAAUAUAAGCCAACUAUGUGCUAGAUUGUGUAGAGCUGAAAUGCAGGAAGAGGCACAGCAGGAGAAAGCUGUACUCUGGGGCUACGCAGUGCUUCAGCUCCUCCCAUUACUGUCUUUCAGCAGACACCAACCGCAGUGGCUGAUGUCCAGCUGAGUAGGACAGCCUGAGCUGUAAAGCUAAGAAAGAAAGGUGGCAGCCUCACCUCCAACACACACCAACAGAAGGACACACUUUAAAAACUUUAUUUAUAUAAAAAAAUCAUUUUGUUUGAAAAGCGUUACAAGAGUGUGCACAGGAAUCAGACAAGGAACAGUGGGGUGCUCCUGCCCCCUCCACCCUCACCCUGCAGCCAGCUCCCCUGCCCUGCACAGGAGAGGAGGGAA